CGAUUUUGCUAUACCAAACCAAGUGGAAGGAAAUCCGGGAAUCCCCUUCGCUCGCCUCGCUUCCGCGGCAAUCCCGUUCGUGCAAGGGCGCUCGAUCUCCUCCUCCUCCGCCGGAUCUCCCACUAGGAUUAGCUCCAAUGGGUUUCCUGCAAAACACUUUCUCAGUGUGUGUCGGCAUCGGGUGUGGUAUCUACAUUGCGCAGAACUAUGACGUCCCAAACAUGAAGAAACUUAUGAGGGAUUGGAUGGGGAAAGCAAAGGAAGUUGAAGAGUCUUACAAGAAGCCUGGCGGUAGCAAAAACUGAAGGACUCCAUCAUGUUCAGUACAGCCGUCUAAUCGUUUUUAGUUUGGGUUUACGCUAAGUAAUGGAAAAUCUUUCUACUCUAUUAUCCUUGCUCGUUCAAGAUCACCAGUCGUGUACAGCAGGUUCGUUGAACAUAUACUUGGGUAAGGAUUAUUCAAGCAGUUGGACAUGAUCUACAAGUAUGGAUGUGCAUGUUUAAAAAUCUUACUACUAGUACAAGUGCCAUGAUUCAGGACUGUUUAAGGAGUCAUUUUCUUUUCCUCGGCUUCAUUAAUCAUUAUCAUUAAUUUAUGCUUA